CAAUUAUAAAUGGCUCCAAACCCUGCUUAAAUUAAGCAUUAUCCUCCAAUCUUGUAAUCAAAUUAGACAAGGAAGAGUGAAGAUAUGGGUUCAGAAGUGACUCUAAAGCUUCCUGUGAUCGACUUUACAAACCUCAAAUUGGAAGCCAACAAUCCUAAUUGGGAGGAAGUAAAAUCCCAAGUCCACAAGGCACUAGUAGAGUAUGGUUGCUUUGAAGCAAUUUUUGAUAAAGUUCCUUUAGACCUUCGCAAAGCCAUAUUCGGUGCACUACAAGACCUCUUUGAUCUCCCUCUUCAAACAAAGAUACUCAAUGUGUCUAAGAAGCCCUAUCAUGGUUAUGUUGGCCAAUAUCCUAUGGUCCCACUUUUUGAAAGCAUGGGCAUUGAUGAUGCAACUAUCUAUGACAAAGUAGAAAGCAUGACCAACAUCUUGUGGCCUGAUGGAAACCAAAGUUUUAGCAAAACUAUUCAAUCCUUCUCUGAGCAGCUAUCAGAGUUGGAUCAGAUCAUCAGGAAGAUGGUUUUGGAGAGCUUGGGAAUUGAAAAGUACUUAGAGGAGCACAUGAACUCAACCAAUUAUCUUCUCCGGGUUAUGAAAUACAAAGGCCCUCAAACCAGUGACACAAAGCUAGGCCUCAGCGCACACACAGACAAGAACAUUGUGACCAUAUUGUAUCAAAAUCAAGUGGAGGGUUUAGAGGUGUUGACCAAAGAUGGAAAAUGGAUAAGCUACAAGCCUUCUCCUGAGAGUUUUGUUGUCAUGAUUGGUGACUCUUUACAUGCAUGGUCAAAUGGGAGGCUGCAUUCACCCUUUCACCGAGUGAUGAUGAGUGGGAAUGAAGCAAGAUACUCUACAGGGCUUUUCUCUAUCCCUAAAGGAGGGAGCAUUAUAAAAGCACCAGAGGAGUUGGUGGAUGAGGAACACCCUCUUCUCUUUAAGCCUUUUGAUCAUGUUGAGUUCCUCAAAUAUUAUUACACUGAAAAGGGCCAGGCAGAUUCAUUUGCACUGCGCACUUACUGUGGUGUUUGAGAAGCCAUGGUCUGUGUUGUGGUGUGUUCAAAUGUUCUGCGCUCAGUUUACCUUGAACUUAAUAAAACUGAUCCCCUAUAUGUGUUUGAUGUGAAUUUCUCCAAUUGAAACUUGACAGGCAAAGUGUUCAUGAUUUGGUGAUUUUAGUGAUGAAGAUUA